GUUUAUUUUCCACUUGCAGAGAGUGUGAUAGGCGCGCAUGUUCUGCGCUUGAUACGAACUUUAAAACAGUGAAAAGCAUGUUAUGAUCGGUUUUUCGAUGAACAUCAAAAGAUGUUUAGCUUUUUUAGUAAACGUUUUCGAAAAUCUUCGCCUGCCAUAAAGAGAAGUCAGUUAGAUGAUAAUAUUAAAUGCAACAAAAAUGUGAUUCCUUGUAAAAUAAUAUUACUUGAUGGAACCGUCCUUACUGUUGAAGUCACUAAAAAAGCCCUUGGUUCUGAUUUAUUGGAGCAAGUCUUUUACCACAUAGACUUAGUGGAAAAGGAUUAUUUUGGACUUCACUAUAAUGACGAGUUUAACGUUCAGCAUUGGUUGGAUCCCACCAAAGAAAUUAAGAAGCAAGUUAAAGGGACUUUGCCUUUUAUAUGCCACUUAGGAGCUAAAUUUUAUUCAUAUGAACCUACUAAUUUGAGAGAAGAAUUAACCAGAUAUUUAUUUUUCUUACAACUGAAGCAAGACAUUUUAACUGGAAAACUUCCUUGUCCUUACAACACUAUUGUUGAAUUAUCUGCAUUAUCUCUACAAUCUGAAUGUGGAGAUUAUGAUGAAUCAAUUCACAAUCUUGGUUUUGUUUCCGAAUUUCGGUUUGCUCCUAAUCAAACUGAAGAAAUGGAAGCCGACAUUCUUGAACAAUACAAGACAUGCAGGGGUCAGACACCUGCUCAAGCUGAACUAAAUUUUCUACACAAAGUGAAAUGGUUAGAAAUGUAUGGUGUUGAUAUGCACACAGUUUUAGGAAAAGAUGGUAAUGAGUAUUCAUUAGGUCUCACUCCUACUGGUAUUCUAGUCUUUGAAGGUAACACAAAAAUUGGUCUUUUCUUUUGGCCAAAAAUAACGAAACUGAACUUCAAGAACAAGAAGUUGAGUCUUGUUGUUAUUGAAGACGAUGAUGAAGGCAAAGAACAAGAACAUACUUUUGUGUUCCGUCUUCAUAAUCAAAGAGCUUGUAAACAUUUAUGGAAAUGUGCCAUAGAACAUCAUGCUUUCUUCCGUUUAAGAGGACCUGUCAUGGAGCCUUCAACUAAACAAGGCUUUAUUCGCAUGGGUUCACGUUUCCGUUAUAGUGGUCGCACAGAAUUCCAAACCAUUCAACAUAAUAGAGCUCGAAGAACAGUUCAUUUUGAAAGACGACCAAGCCAGAGAUAUUCACGCCGUCCAAAUCAUCAUCCACCAUCAUCAGCUCAAGAAUCUCGAAAGCCUGUUACAAUUAUUUCAGAAACCACAGAGGCUGUAAGUAGUGUCCCUGCACUUGUAGAGCCAGUAGCAAAUGGGAAAUUAAAUGAUAAUUCAAACAAUGCAUUAGCUAAUCCUUCGGAAGACAAAAUAAGUGAACUGAUUAAAACUAUUGCUAAAGAUGCAACCACAUCUGAACUACAUGAUCUCAAAGCAGGAGGUUCGAACCCAUCCACAAGCAUUGAAAAUAAUCCAUUAUCUGAAUCUGAAAUUCUUGCUUACAAGCUGAAAGCACUGGAUUCCUCUCCUUCAACUUUAAGGAAAGGCCUAUUAAAAGUUCCAGGAUGCACUUCAGCAAUGAAAGACAUCAACAUUUUACCCAAUAAUAAAAUGCUGCCAAGUAGUGGAGGUGCCAAACCAAUACCUUUAGAUCAAAUGAAAUGUAAUAUUCUCAAAUCUAAAGUGAAUGAAGAAAAAUCAAAGAAUAGUGAAAAGUCCCACCCAUCUGAUGCAGAUGAGGAAGUGCAGUACAAAGCUACAAGUAUGGAGAAACUUAUUCCUGCCUCAAAAAUUAGCACAUGCGACUUGAUGUGCAACUCCUGUGAUACAUGUAGUAAAGCAAAAUUAAGCCCACCACAGAUUCUACAAGAACUUACAGAAGUAAUGAAAGAUUCAUCGCUGUCACAGCCUCUUACUAAAACUAUUUUAUUGGAAGAAAGCCACAUAUCACCAUGGCAUGUUUCUUCACCUUCAAAUGAUACAUUUACUCUCUUGACAACCGAACUGUAAUUAGCAUGAUAAAGUACUUUUCAUUACAUGCACCUUGUAAAUGACUUCCAAUGAAUGAAUAUCCUUGGUGAAUUUAUAAACAUUCCAAGAAACUGAUAUUUUUCAUAUGCAUUUAAAGAUUUAUAUUUUUUCUAUGACAUUCCAGGAUUCAGGAUAAACACAUUUGAAAGAUGUCAGUAUUAUUUUGGUAUGAUAAUUAUGUGUUUUAACCUAGGAAGAAUAGACUUGUAUUUAUUUUUUCGCACUAUUUUAAGCAGACUAUGAGUGAUCUGUACAACAAGAAAUAUAUAUUUAUACAAAUGUAUUUUAAUAAAUAGCAUAUUGGAAAUUUCA